CCUCCAUUCUCGCGCCCGCCCCGCUUAGAAACAGCACCUGCGAGUACCUUACCGCAUACGCACGCGCACUCAGACACAGAACUCUCAGGCCCGGCCUCCUAGGCGCAUGCGGCCUUCGUCUUCCACCGGCUUGUCCUCUAACCAACAGCCAAAGCCUCGCUGAUAUGACGAGGCGCAUGCGCGUUUUUGCUCCGUCCUAGGCGGUUGGAGUCAGCGCUGUACUGCUUGCCCGCAGCCAUGGCCGGGGCGCUGAAGAAGACCACUGGGCUCGUGGGACUAGCUGUAUCUGAGAAUCCUCACGAGCACCUGAGAAUACUGUAUACAAAAAUCCUCACUGCUCUGCAGAAGAUCCCCAAAGAUGCAGCAUAUAGGAAAUACACUGAACAGAUUGUAAAUGAGCGGCUUAACAUGGUAAAAACAGAACCUAAUGUGCAAAAACUAGAAGACAAAAUGAAAAGUGGUCAGAUAGAAGAAGUGAUAAUACAGGCUGAAAGUGAGCUCUUUCUGGCAAGAAAAAUGGCACAGUGGAAACCAUGGGAGCCUUUAGUUGAAGAACCUCCUACUGACCAAUGGCGAUGGCCAAUAUAAUAGUCAGCAUUAUUUCAGUAACUACUUGAGAAUCGAAAAAAACACUUUAUUAAAUAUUAGUAUCAUGUUACUGAAAAUUGUUUGUCUUUAAAUUAAAGAAAAUAGCUUUUUGUAUAUGAUUUGUUUUGCCUCUAUUUACAUUUAGCAGGAUGUAAAGGUCCAGUCUGACUUUCUUGCAAAAAUGCAUUACUAAAACUUUGUUAAGCUAUUGGCCAAUCUGAUUAUUUUCUUUCCUAGCUUGUUGAUUUAACAAUGUAUUUAAGUAGAAGCAGAAACUUUCUUCUGUGUAAUUACCCUUCUUUUCUUGUCUGAUCCACUUCUUGACAUUUUAUCAGCAUGGAAGCAAUUUUCAUGUCUCAGACUCUGGAUUGUGGCUACACUGAACUGGCUAAGGCAAGAAGAGGAAGGGGUGAACUGCAUUUUAUACAAAUGCUUGAUGAUCAGCUAUGGUGAGAUAAAUACAGAUAAAACUG